CAGAGCACUGAGAGAUAUCCGGUAUUGAUGUAACUGGAGUGAAUAAGGGAACCUUCUUCCUGAUCAGACAUUGGAGCCUGUUAUCAGCAUGAACUCAUAUGUGCUGGACAAACUCUUGAAUCAUUCAUGUCCAUCCUUCACUACAGGAAGCAUCAGAAUGAUACCGCAAACUCCAGUAGUCUUAAACACCAAUGACUAUUCACAAACAUUGGGGAAAUCACAGCAGAUAUUUAAAGAAGAUGGUGAAUUGGCAGGAACUGCGCAGCAAUCAUUAUGUACAGAGAGUAAUUCAGUCAUCAAACAAGAGGACAACAUUUAUGCCUUAUCUAGUGAAAUUAUUAUCCCUGAGGAUAAACCACACACAUUUACUGAGUACUCAAAACAUAAUAAAAAAGGGAAAAGUCUACAGUCUAGCCAAAUAAUUCAUACAAAGGAGAAACCUUUCAAAUCUACAGAAUGUGAGAAAAGCUUUAGAUCGAAGUCUAAUCUACUAGAGCACUGCAAAAUUCACACAGAUGAGAAACCACACACAUGUACUGAGUGCGGCAAAUGUUUUACACAAAUGAAUCAUCUGAAAACUCAUAAAAAGAUUCACACAGGAGAAAAGCCUUUCACAUGUACAGAGUGUGGGAAAAGUUUUAUAGAAAAGAGUGAUCUGAAAAAGCAUGAAAGGAUUCACACAGGAGAAAAGCCGUUCACAUGCACAUGCUGUGGAAAAGGAUUUACAAUAAAGUGUAAUCUGAAAACUCAUGAAAGGAUUCACACAGGAAAAAAACCUUUCACAUGUACAGAGUGUGGAAAAAGUUUUACACAAAUGCAUUGUCUGAAAAUUCAUGAAAGGUUUCACACAGGAGAAAAUCCUUUCACAUGUACAGAGUGUGGACAAAGUUUUACACAAAAGAGUGAUCUGAAAAAGCAUGAAAUGAUUCACACAGGGGAAAAGCCUUUCACAUGUACAGAGUGUAGAAAAAGUUUUACACAAAUGCAUUGUCUGAAAAUUCAUGAAAGGUUUCACACAGGAGAAAAUCCUUUCACAUGUACAGAGUGUGGAAAAUGUUUUACACUAAAGAGUAGUCUGAAAAUUCAUGAAAGAAGUCACACAGGAGAAAAGCCUUUCACAUGUACAGAGUGUGGAAAAAGUUUUACACAAAAGAGUGCUCUGACAAAGCAUGAAAGGAUUCACACAGGAGAAAAGCCUUUCACAUGUAUAGAGUGUGGAAAAAGUUUUAAACAAAAGAGUGCUCUGACAAAGCAUGAAAGGUUUCACACAGGAGAAAAAUCUUUCACUUGUACAGAGUGUGGAAAAUGCUUUACACUAAAGAGUCAUCUGAAAACUCAUGAAAGGAUUCACACAGGGGAAAAGCCGUUCACAUGUACAGAGUGUGGAAAAAGAUUUACACUAAAGAGUAAUCUGAAAACUCAUGAAAGGAUUCACACAGGAGAAAAGCCUUUCACAUGUACAGAGUGUGGAAAAAGUUUUAAACACAUGAGUCAUCUGAAAUAUCAUGAAAGGAUUCACACAGGGGAAAAGCCUUUCACAUGUACAGAGUGUGGAAUCGGUUUUACACAAAAGAGUGAUCUGAAAAAGCAUGAAAGGAUUCACACAGGGGAAAAGCCUUUCACAUGUACAGAGUGUGGAAAAAGGUUUACACAAAAGAGUGAUCUAAAAAGACAUGAAAGGAUUCACAAGGGAAGAAACCUUUAACAUGGUUAGAAAAUAGGGUUGCUACCUUUAGCACAGCCGAUUCCUGACACUUUGCAAAUGGGUGUGGUUAUGGGUGUGGCUUCACACAACCUUAAAGGGACACUGAACCCAAAUUUUUUCUUUUGGGAUUCAGAUAGAGCACAAAACCUUAAGCAACUUUCUAAUUUACUCCUAUUAUCAAAGUUUCUGUAUUCUCUUGGUAUCUUUAUUUGAAAUGCAAGAAUGUAAGUUUAGAUGUCGGGCCAUUUUUGGUGAACAACCUGGGUUGUCCUUGCUGAUUGGUGGAUAAAUUCAUCCACCAAUCAAAAAGUGCUGUCCAGAGUGCUGAACCAAGAAAAAAGCUUAGA